AUGUCUGACUAUGGUUUGCUAGAUGGGAUUAGGGAAAUCAAAGAGGAAGUCCCGACUCAUUUCAGUAGCAAAUAUUUGGAACUUGAGAAAGAUAGACCUGUGAUGGAUGAAUGUUUGCUUAAUUCUUUAUCUUCUGCAGAUAUGCUUUUAUUGGAGGCAGAAUUCUCUGAUUUGGAGAUCAAGGAGGCGGUUUGGGAUUGCGAAGGUGCGAAAAGUCCUGGUCCUGACGGUUAUAACUUCACCUUCAUUAGGAAUUGUUGGCAUUUCAUGAAAGUUGACAUAUCUCGCUUCAUCAAGGAUUUUCAUAGUAAGGCAAAGUUAUCCAAAUCUAUUACUUCGAGUUUCUUAUCAUUGGUUCCAAAGAAAAUGAACCCUCUUUCUUUGGAUGACUAUUGUCCGAUUUUCUUGGUGGGGUGUCUUCAUAAAAUCAUCUCAAAGUUAUUGGAUGUUUGUUUGAAAAGGGUGUUGGAUGAGUUAAUUUCUAGAAACCAAUCUACUUUCAUUCAUGGGAGGCAGAUGUUGGAUAAAGUUCUUAUUGUGAACGAGGUAGUGGAUUUUUCUACUAGAGAGAAUAAACAAUGCCUUUUGUUUAAGGUUGACUUUGAGAAAGCUUACGAUAAGGUUAACUGA